UGAUAGAAUGCGAAGCUUUCUCUGCACAACUAGAACAAUAUAAAGCAACUAUAAGUCUUCAAUAUAUACCUUCUGGCACAACGGCGGCCUUUAACAUUUGAGCCUUACUUUCGCCGUCUUACUUGCCCUGCCUGUGCCUACUGCUGUGACGUCGCAGUCAGGAUUUACAGACAUCCUUACUUUCUGACUGCGGACAUGGAGCAAGCUGAUUCGUUCGCUCGCCUAGACGCCGUGGUCAACGACAUGAAAUGCCCGCUAUACCGUGGAACGUUAUCACAAGAUCGGAUGGCGGCCAUGGACGCACACGCGCGCGCCUGCCCGACAUCUGUAACCCGCACCAUAGCCGACCUCGCGACCUACCUGGCCUCAGCGGCAAGGAGCCCCGAGGAGAAGGUCCGCGCCAUCUGCUUCUGGCUGCACCUCAACGUGCGGUACGACACAGAAGCCUACUUCGGCGGAACCGUCCGAAGCAUGACUGCCGAUGAUGUGCUGCGAGACAGGUGUACGGUUUGCCAUGGCUUCUCGCGGCUCAUGGCAGCGCUGUGCAAGGCUUGUAACGUGGAGUGCGAAGUUAUCUCCGGUUACGCGAAGGGUAUGGGCUUCACCCGGAGUCUUUCCGGUACGACGGUCACAGCCUCCUCAGGCAUGAAGUAUGAAGCCAACCACAACUGGAAUGCGGUCAAGUUGUACGUCCCCUCGAGGCGCAAGGAGCGCUGGCAUCUUGUGGAUCCAACCUGGUGCGCCGGCCACACCAACGGUACGACGUAUAUCCAGGAAUGGGGCCGGCAGUACUACAUGGCAGAUCCGCUAGCCUUUGUGCAAUCACACUUUCCGGAGAACCCUGCUUGGACGCUGCUACCAGAGGACUACCGACUCAGCUGGCAGACAUUUACGAGGGUUGUUAAGCUUCGUUUUCCGGUUUGCUGGGAGCUGGGUGUGCUGCCCAUUUCGCACAAGCAGCUGGUAAUUCAAGACACGUCUACGUCGGACGAAGGGCUUCGGAUUGUGUUUAAAGUGAAGAAGGGAACUCACAUGUUGGCCUCAUUCACCAACAGCAACCAGAAAUUCUACCCAGCAACCCUAUCAAGUACUAACGGCCACGGCAACUCCAACUUGUAUGCCUUUACGAUCAAGAACGUCUCCCGUGGAGGCGCGGGUGCAGUUUUGAACAUCUUCGCCUCCCACCAGCCGUACGGCACGUUUUCCCACGUUACGGAGUACGUUAUCGCUUGACAGGGCUAGCUAUGGAAGUAUGACGGUGACGUCGCUGAUACGGAUUGGCACACAGAUAUGAGCAGCGGUGAUUCAUUUCUCGCGAGCAGCGUGCUGCGCAUAGUUCGAGCGGGAUGUGUACGGUGCUGAUCCGCUGCUGCAUGCCGCUGUGGAACUGGGUGGCAGAGGUGAAGUGUGUCGGACUAACGUUCGUGCAUGUGGGUAGCGCUCCUUCUUUGCCUCCUGAGCCAUCCAAAAGGGUGCACCCAUACAACCGCCUACUUGCAUCACGCCUUGGGCCGGCUAACGUGGUUACUUAAGAGCAGCCGGCGUUCCUGUCUGACAGGUUAGUUGGCGCAAAACAUUUGUUGUUGCGUACGUCACAGCAUUUCAUAACUCACCAAAGGCAAGCCGGCAUGGUGGCCUCAUCAAUGAUUUUUGCCUAGGCGUUUCAUACCUUCGACCGAAAUGCGCUCUAUUUUAUGUAUGCGAGCUAUGAGAGAGGUGCAAGUCUGUUGAAAGUGCUUACUGACACGUCCUCAACACCGGUAUCCACAUCGGAAGUAAAUGCGGCUGUUCAUGCAUGGCAACAGGUGUGUAUGGAGGCGUGUGUCCGGCAAGGGUGUCCUUAAGCACCCUCGCUGUACUUGUUUAUUUGCCUCGCCAGCCCUCUUGUGUAGCUUACAGCACUGUCAGGCGGGUAUAAAAUCUGAUCCCUCGAAUUCCUUCCUCACCUCUGUGGUCCAGUUUGCUAAUGGUACGGUGUUGGUAGGUAGUGGUGUACGGCAGGUCUGGAUGAUUGACCGUUAUUGCAGUGAUCCCAAACCGGAAGGCAUGGGCCUGAUGUGUGAGGGACAUAAUCCUCCAGUGAAUGAAGUCGUUGCGCUUAAAUCUCGACAGACUGAAAUUUUGCUUCUUGGGGACUUGGGGUUUCACUGGGUUAGUGUCAGUAGUGACAUUUGGGGUUUGUCAGUGGCUUGUAC